GUGAUUGGCCGUCGUGCAGCUGGGCCGGAGAGGUUGUGGGUGGCGUUCACGUCUCGCGCUCUAUAUCUAAUUUGUGACUCGCGAGCUGGGGAGCAGUGACAGACGAGGCUUGACUGGCGUCGCGAGCUGGUUGGAAGUACGCAGCAGCGCGGAGAGGAAAAUCGGAGACGUUUGAGAUCUCGGCUGAAACUUUUGAUUCUUCAUUUCGCGAGGGUUCUUUUUUUCUUCCUUGCGUAGAGGCAGAAUUUGCGCUAAAUAUGCCGUCGUUUAACUACGCGCUUUUCAUUCCGCUGACUGUUCUCUGCAGCCUGCAGAUCAGGCAGUUUACAGAGGCUUGCUCGUGCGCCUUGUCUCAUCCCCAGGAUGCUUACUGCAACUCUGACAUAGUGAUCCGGGCCAAGGUGGUUGGGAAGAAGCUCCUGAAGGAUGGGCCCUUUGGCACGAUGCGUUACACCAUCAAACAGAUGAAAAUGUACAAAGGCUUCAACAAAAUGCAGCACGUUCAGCACAUCUACACCGACGCCUCUGAGAGCCUAUGCGGUGUCAAGUUUGACAUAAACAAGUACCAGUACCUUAUCACCGGUCGCGUGUACGACGGCAAGGUCUACACCGGGCUCUGCAACUUCAACGAGAAGUGGGAGCGCCUGACCCUGUCCCAGAAGAAGGGGAUCAACCACCGCUACCAGCUGGGCUGUAACUGCAGGAUUAAGCCCUGCCACUACCUGCCCUGCUUUGUGACUUCAAAGAACGAGUGCUUGUGGACGGACAUGCUUUCAUACUUUGGAUACCCCGGGUACCAGUCCAGACACUAUGCCUGUAUCCAGCAAAAGGAGGGCUACUGCAGCUGGUACCGAGGAAUGUCGUCCCGCGACAAAACCACCAUCAAUGCCACUGACCCCUGAACGUACCCCCCCC